AUGAAUAAUUUUUUUUACACGUUUAUUAUAUUUUUACUAUGCACGUUUACAUUACACGUAAACUAUGCAAAUGGUAAAAAUAUAUUGGUAGCUUUUGGAAAUUCGGGGAAAUCCCAUUUUUUUAUGUACGAGCAAUAUGUUGAAAAAUUAGCCGAACGAGGACAUAAAAUAACGCUUUUGACAGGGUUCAAUACGACAAAUAUAAAAAUGAACGAAAAUGUUAAAGUGAUAAAAUUCGAAGAUGAAAUUUUUAAUUUUGUCGUGGAUUUGACAAAAUAUGAAUCGACUCCGAAAAUAUUAAUGAAAUACAACGAGAUUUCGUAUAUAAAUGAAGCAGGACAAAGAACGUGUAGAAAUGGUUUGUCAAAUUCUAAUGUUAAAAAAUUUAUCGAAUCGAAAAAACAUUUUGAUGUUGUCGUUGUGGAAUAUUUCAACACCGAUUGUUUUUCCGUUUUAUCUCACAUAUUUAAAGCUCCACUCGUUGGUAUUUUUUCAUCAGCUCCUUUACCUUGGCAUAACGAUAGAAUGGGUAACCCGGAUAAUCCAUCGUACGUGGCACAUACAUUAAGCGAAUUUUCAUCAGAAAUGAAUUUUUACGCACGUCUUAAAAAUAGUCUAUCGUUAUUUUUUUCAAAAACUUAUUAUAAUAUGUAUUCAAACGGUCCAACGGAUAAAAUAAUAAAAAGAAAUUUGGGUAAAGGCAUUCCAAAAGUAAAAGAUAUUGUAUCGAAUACGAGUCUUUUCCUGGUAAACAGUCAUUUUUCAUUAUUUCAAUCUCGACCCUUGGUACCAUCAAUGGUCGAAGUCGGUGGUAUUCAUCUUCGGCCUCCAAAAAAUCUUCCACCCGAUUUACAAAGUUAUUUUGAUAAAUCAAAAGAUGCUACUAAUAUUUCGACGCUAUCGACUAAAAGAAAAAAUGCCAUUUUAAAAGGUUUUAAUAACGUGACGGAAAACGUUUUGAUGAAAUGGGAUGCCGAUGAUAUGCCGGAAAAACCGGAAAAUGUUUUAUUAAAAAAAUGGGUUCCACAAAACGACGUAUUGGCUCACCCAAAAGUAAAAGUUUUCGUCACACAUGGAGGUUUGAUGGGAAUUUUAGAAGCAGUGUCAAAUGGUGUUCCAAUGAUUGUCAUUCCUCUUUUUGGUGAUCAAUUUUAUAAUGCUGCUGCUGUAGCCGAAAAAGGUUGUGGAAUCGUAUUAGAUUACUUCUCUUUAUCUGGAGAUAGAUUUUUAAGAGCCCUAAAAACUGUACUUGAAGAUAAAAAGUAUUCCGAUAAUACGAAAAUUCUUGCGGCUAAAUUUAAAGAAAGACCUCUAUCACCAAUGAACACUGCCAUUUAUUGGACUGAAUAUGUAUUAAAAUUUAAAGGAGCCCCACAUCUUAGGCCAUCCAGUAAAAAACUUUAUUGGUUUAGCGAAUCAUUAUUAGACGUACACAUAUUCAUAACGGUCGUUUUAACCUACUUUAAUUAA